CGGGGCCAGGCCGGGACCUCCGCUGUCCCGGGUCCUGGAGCGCUCCCCCCUCCCGCAGGCCCCUCCCUGACCGGCCCGGACGCAGGGUGUGCUGGUCAGGACGCCCCACUCUCGGCGAUCGCCGGCCCGGACUGCGGGGUCCAGCGAUCGCGGUUGCGCCCCGCCCCAGGUGCUGCGCUCUGGGACAGGCGGCCGCGGGGGAUCCGGGCGGGCUCAGCUCCGUGCUGCCGCGGGGCUGCGUCUCGGAGACUCCGAGGGCUAGGGCUCUGUGCCCAUUCCUGCCUGGCUGGCUUCCGCUGGUGGUCCUGCGAGAACAUGGUGCAGAAGUACCAGUCUCCUGUCUGCGUCUACAAGUACCCAUUUGAGUUGGUCAUGGCGGCCUAUGAGAAGCGCUUCCCCACCUGCCCGCAGAUCCCGGUCUUCCUGGGCAGCGAGGUCCUACGCGAGUCCCGCAGCGCUGAUGGGGCGGUGCACUUGGUGGAGCGGAGCUGCCGCCUGCGGGUGGAAGCCCCGCGGCUGUUGCGGAAGAUUGCAGGCGUCGAGCACGUGGUCUUCGUGCAAAGAAACAUCUUGAACUGGAAGGAGAGGACUCUCCUCAUCGAAGCGCACAACGAGACCUUCGCCAGCCGCGUGGUGGUCAAGGAGAACUGCAGCUACACGGUCCACCCUGAGAAUGAAGACUGGACAUGCUUUGAGCAGUCUGCCUCGCUCGACAUCCGGUCCUUCUUUGGCUUUGAAAGUGCCUUGGAGAAGAUCGCCAUGAAGCAGUACACAGCCAACGUCAAGAGGGGGAAGGAGGUGAUCGAACAUUACCUGAACGAGCUCAUCUCCCAGGGCACCUCUCACAUUCCCCGGUGGACACCUGCCCCGGUCCCAGAGGAGGACACCCACUCCCAGGCUGGGCUGAGGGAUCCUGGCUCCCUGGAGGUCUGCGGGCCUGGUAGUGCCCAGGGCCCUGCUCCCGAGAUGGUCAGUACUGAUGGGGACAAGCUGGAUGCAGACUACAUUGAGAGGUGCCUGGGCCAUCUCACACCCAUGCAGGAGAGCUGCCUGAUCCAGCUGCGGCAUUGGUUGCAGGAGACCCACAAAGGCAAGAUCCCCAAAGACGAGCACAUCCUUAGGUUCCUGCGGGCUCGAGACUUCCACCUGGACAGGGCCCGUGAGAUGCUGUGCCAGUCCUUGAGCUGGCGAAAGCAGCACCAGGUGGACCUCCUCCUUCAGACCUGGCGACCCCCUGCCCUCCUGGAGGAGUUCUAUGCAGGGGGCUGGCACUACCAGGACAUAGAUGGCCGCCCCCUGUACAUCUUGCGUCUGGGCCACAUGGACACCAAGGGCUUGAUGAAGGCCGUGGGGGAGGAGGUGCUGCUGCAGCAUGUUCUUUGCGUCAAUGAGGAAGGACAGAAGCGGUGUGAAGGGAACACAAAACAGUUUGGCCGUCCCAUCAGCUCCUGGACCUGCCUGGUGGACCUGGAGGGUCUCAGCCUGCGGCACCUGUGGCGGCCAGGGAUAAAGGCCUUGCUGCACAUGAUCGAGGUGGUGGAGGACAAUUAUCCUGAGACCCUGGGCCGGCUGCUCAUCGUGCGAGCCCCCCGCAUCUUCCCUGUGCUCUGGACGCUGAUCAGCCCCUUCAUCAAUGAGAACACCAGGCAGAAGUUCCUCAUCUACAGUGGCAGCAAUUAUCAGGGUCCCGGAGGCCUUGUCGACUACCUGGACAAAGAAGUGAUCCCCGACUUCCUCGGGGGAGAGUGCCUGUGUAACGUCCCUGAAGGAGGGCUGGUCCCCAAGUCCCUCUACCUGACGGAAGAGGACCAGGAGCACAAAGACCAGCUGCAGCAGUGGAGAGAGACCUACCAGUCGGCCAGCGUGCUCCGCGGGGCCCCCCAUGAGGUCGCAGUGGAGAUUCUGGAGAGGGAGUCAGUCAUCACCUGGGACUUUGACAUCCUGCAAGGGGACGUGAUGUUCAGUCUGUACCACACCAAGCAGGCUCCCAAGCCGGGCCCCCGGGAGCCUGGUGCCAGGGCUGGCGGGCAGCUGACAGACAAAGGCUGGGCCCUGGGUGCAGAUUACAGCCGUGUGGAGGCCCCCCUCAUCUGCCGGGAAGGGGAGAGCAUCCAGGGCUCCCACGUGACCCAGUGGCCUGGCGUCUACCUGCUCCAGUGGCAAAUGCACAGUGCCCCUGGCCACAUGGCCUGCAGCCUCCCGGGCGUGGAGGAUGUCCUGAUGGCCCUGCACAGCCCUGGCCCCAGGUGCAAACUCCUCUACUACUACGAGGUGCUGGCGUCUGAGGACUUCAGGGGCUCCAUGUCCAGCCUGGAAUCCUGCACCAGCCGCUUCUCCCAGCUCAGCGCCACCACCUCCUCCUCCGGCCAGUCCCACAGCAGCUCCCUGGUCUCCAGAUAGUCAGGACCGAGCCCUGCGGGGCAGCCUGCUCGCCUCCCACAUCCACAAGUAUCCACGAGGCCUGGGACCAUGUGGGCUGCAGCCCUGGAUCUGAACAUAGCCAAAGUCGGGCUGGCUGGAGCCCUGUGGGCUCUUGAAGUGGUGAGAACAGAAUCAUCUCCGAUGGGGCUUCGCGUACGAAAAGCCAAGGGGUGGGCUAACCACGUUCAGGUCUGGGGGCUCAGGGAUGUCAUCAGGCUCAGUGCCCCCCUGCACCCCGCCACCUCUGGCUCUGCUUCCCUGGGGUGGCCUCCCUCUCAGGGGCCUCCUAAGACUAUUGGGGUUCCCCCCAUAAGAAGCAGGAAUGUUGGGUGUUCGCCAUAGCAUCUAAACCCGUAGCGAUGCCCUGGGUCCCAGGAUAUGCUGGUGAGCAGUCAUUUGAGUUACAGGCCCCACUCUGUGGGGGAGCCGCCUACCCUGGACUUGAAGUUCAUUUUCCCAGCACAUGACUGGGCAGGCCUAACCCUGACCACCCCUGACUUGAAGAGGGUGGGAAGGCCCAGGUUUUCUGCUGAGUUCCAGGCAGUGAUAAAGCGGCUCUGGCUAUCUUUAUACACUCUGGAGGUCCCUUUCUCUCCUGGGAAUCUGUUUAAUUGAAAUUUUUUGGUUGUAAGUCACCUCCCAGUGGCUUAAACAAAAAAGGGUGACCAAUCAUGUGUGCAUGUAACUGGCCAGUGUAGGAGGACUUGCUUCAGGUAAGGCUGGAUCCAGGCUCUCAAUGUGUCAUCAGGACUCCCCUGUGGGGUGGGGGCUAUGACUUUGUGGAAGCUGCCCUGGGGCAAAUCUGACCCCCAGAACCAGCUCCAAUAUUGAAAGACCUUCCCCGAGUUCCUGCAUGGGAGGGGUGUGGGUCUCCUUGGGGUCUGAGGACAUUUUUCCUUUCAUUUCCUGGGCCUGCAAAAAGGCAACAGGUCAGAGGUCACCACUGGCAGCCUGCAGUCUGAUCUGGCCUGCUUUUAAUUUUUUUGUUUUUUUGCGGUACGCGGGCCUCUCACUGUUGUGGCCUCUCCCGUUGCGGAGCACAGGCUCCGGACGUGCAGGCUCAGCAGCCAUGGCUCACGGGCCUAGCCGUUCCACGGCAUGUGGGAUCUUCCCGGACCGGGGCACGAACCCGAGUCCUCUGCAUCGGCAGGCGGACUCUCAACCACUAGCGCCACCAGGGAAGCCCCCGGCCUGCUUUUAGUGUUUUUGUUUUUUGCCUAAACAAAAGGUUUAAAAAUUGGGGCAUUUCACACAGAAAUCAGGAUUUACAGCUUCACUUAAGCAUAUAGGAGUGUUGGCCAAACAGAGCCACUAUUGCUGUGUAAAGACAACACAGCUGCGCCCCUGGAUGGGGCCACCCCAGUCCCCACCCCUCUCUAUCAACCCACCGCUAGCCCACAUCACUCACUUGCAUUAUCUGCCUGGGAGGGACUUCACUGAAGUAGCUCCACAGUCUGGGGCGAGAGACUCAGCGUUACUCUCAUCUCACAGCUUUGCUUACAGUUGGGGUUGUCUCUGGCCGACACCCAGAGUCGCUGGGCCUUGCCCAAGGGGUGGGUUCACAACCAAGGGGAUGUCACCUCCAUGCAAGCUCGACAUGACGGGGCAAGGACCUACUUCCAUGCCACCCUCAACCCCAUACCUGGAGUAGAGGGAAGGAGCCGUCCUCAGAGACCCCCUUCUCCCUGCAGAGAGGGAGCCUUGCCCACCUUUAAGGUUUUCAGUUCACUUCUCAGAUAUAGGAACAAAAUCCCAAACUCUGUAUCCUGCAUUAAGGUGUAUGUGUACAUGCAUGAGGGAGAGAGAGAGGGAGGAAGAUUGGAGACAUUCUUAAAACUAAUUGCUCCCAUGUCACCAGGCGUUUAUCGCUGGGAGCAAUCUGCAAUAUUUUCAACUAUCUUUAGGUGAAUUUCUAGCUUGUCUCUACAAACUAGAAGCAUUUUGGGGUAAGCUGCCCUGGCACUCCCCGCACACUUAGUGUCUAGGACUAGCCCCCAGUGAAGGAUGGAGAAGCCUUUCCUUCACUUGAGUUUAUAAGUAGCUUUUGACAAGUGGAACCUGGAUCUGCUGAUUCCAGAGAGGAAGGUCGGCUAUCAGCUGUGCAGACUUAGCAGCAGCAGCGAUAAGGAGCCUCAGCCCUCUCUUUUUGAGAGCUUGCUCUCCUCCCCACCUCGGGAGAGCCCCAGCUUCAACAGGUUUAAGCAACAAAGGGAAUUCCCUGGCUCCUGUAACUGGGAUGGCCGAGGGUGGUGCUUGCUUGCUUCAGGUACGACUGCAUGCAGGAGCCCAGUGUCCUCAGGCUCAUGUGCUGAUCCUUAGCCUCACCCAGGCCUCUUGUUUCUGCAUCACUUUGCAUGCUGGCCUGUCCUCUUGUCCACCUUCAGGGGAAGGUGGCUGCCAGCAGCCCCUAGCCUACAACCACAGGGCUCUCAAUCUCUAAGCCAGAAAGAGACUCUUUCCAUCUCAAAUCCCAGAGAAGGCUCUGACUGGCCCUGGGCAAGUCACGUACUCACUCUUGUGGACAUACUGGCCAAGAGGCUGGGGGUCCUGUGACCGACAUUCCCUCCAGAAGCAAGAGUGGAGUAGGGGAGGGCCAGUCACCCAAUGGACAAAGGGAGCUGGGCCACAGGAGCAGCAGGUGGCCACAGUGGCAUCUGCUAUUGUUCUUCUGUGCUGGAGGUCCCUGGGGCCCAUGUUGGAGCAUCAUCAGUCAGUAGCCAUUCUUCUUACCUUUGGGAGGCUUGGGGUUAAAAAUCCCAGGAAGCGCUGCCAAACUCUUGGCUUCUGAAUUCCCCAGACCCCAGGGCUGGAAGCUCCUUGCCUUGGUUUCUUCUUCCAUCUUGUUCAUUAACCUAUUGUGGCCAGGACAGAAAUGGCCCAUUAGCAAUAGGACCUGCCCAGGCACUGGGUUUAGGAGCCUGGGUCAUAAAAUCUCGACAAAGUGGGGUUCAAGCCGCAGCCAUCCUUUCACUAGCUGUGUGACCUCCAGCAGGUGACCUAACCUCUCUUUGCCUAAAUAUCCUCAUCUGUAAACUAGGGAUAGCAGAGCCUACCUCAUUCACUGGGUUGUAGUGGGAUGAAACAAGAGUGGCUGUGAAGUCCUCAGCCUGGCACAUGGAAAGCUCUUGAUAAAAGUCAGUGGUUAUUCUGAUUAUUUAAUGCUUCUCAUCCAAAGACUCCAGACUUCCUGUGAGGACAUCCGUCACUGUUUUACACACUGUGCAUCUGGAGAAAAGUGGGAGAUUGGGAUACUAGUUACCUCUGACUUUCCCUUUUUAGAAACUGCUUGUGUUCUCUGGGCACAUCCACUCAUCUGUAAGAGCAUCAUUCCAAGUGGUGUUUCCCUCAACAAGCUACAGAAUGUUCUCCCCACGGGUUGAGACUUUUUUUCCUACCCUGCAUCUGGAAUUUCUCCCCCUGUAAAAUGAACUGAUCACACAGUCUGUUUCAGCCAGGAAAACACGAUGUUUCUUGUUCACCGGAUCGUUUGCUCCAACCAGAAGCAUUAAACGUUUUAGAUUUGGA